GUAAACAAAGAUGGCGCGAUGCAGCUGAACUGAAGCCCGUGUUGGUUAACGUACUUCUUUAAAAUACAUUAAAAUCAAUUUUUAGCUACACAAUCCGGACAGACUACUGUUGUGUUAUCCCACUUCUGCUUUUCAGCUGAUAAAUUCGACAGUUUGCUUAUUUGUCGCUAAUUUAUGGGGGGGAAAAAGAUGGAUAUCAAAAUAAAGUUACCACAGACCCUGAAAGCCAGACUGAUGCUAUGGACGGAUGUAAGCUACCAUGACAUGGAGGAGAUGGACAAACUACAGUCCAUUCCUGAUUUGGAGAGUGCUUUAUGCAGCGUGCUUGGUGUUGACCUCCCUGAACCAAAGAGAGGAGUUCUGCUGGAGCUCUAUGUGCAGACUGUGCUUUUUUGCAGAGAGCACAGUUUCAAAAAAGAGCAAACUUCUGCUCUCCUGUCCAUCAUUAAGUCCAUCCAUGAGGCCAACAUAGAAACUCCACUCCUAAACAUCGAACAGUGUCUGAAAUACUGCAAGGAGCUUCUGCUCUGUCACUCAGUCAGGCGGCCUCCAUUCAGUAUCAACAUCUUCUGCUCCACGGAGGCAAACUGUAUCUUAGAAUACAUCCACAACAACUACAUGAGACACUACAAACUCUACAAAUAUAUCUUCACUCCGCAGGUAAAACUUGAUUUGACUUUGACAUAUUCUGGGAUGAAGGAGCAUGGGCCAGCUGCCACGGACGAUUCCUCUGUGCCAGAUGUCGAAAAUGUGAUGGAGAAAGAAGCCGAAGCAGGACCAAAUAAAGACGGGUCUUCUGGCACACAGGAAACAUCCAUCACAGUGCGUGAGGAAGCAACGCUCGGGUCCAGAUCAGAACUGAAGACACUGAUCGAGCGAGAAGUCAGAGAGCAAAUGAUGCACGUGUCUGAACAACUCGAUCAGCGCAUGAAAGAAAUGUCACUUCGGCCUCAGCUAGAUCCUUCACAGCCCACAAACAAAGCCAAAAAAUAACACUUACAAUAGCUUCUCCAU